AUGUCCACAGUAACCAUCCUUCAACCACCACCAGCGUCCAGACCCAUCACUACGGCUCCCUCAAUUCCCUUCCAAUCUACGUGCCAACAAUGCGGCGCCGAUGUGUCGUACGCCGCCGCCAGCGCAGCAGCUGAAGAUGCCCAGAGGAGAAUAUCAGAGCUCGAGGCACAAGUCCGCAUCUUGACCGGGAAAGCCACCGCAGCAGUCGAUAAACUAGCAGACUACGAAGACCAACUUCACCAGCUCAAAUCCACCGCAUCUGCUGGUGGGGCAAAAGAACGCUCCUCCCCCCACCUUGCACCAGCACAUCCUCUUUCACGCUCCACCUCCGCAGAACCAUCCUCGAAGCCUCUCCACACCACGAACGGCACCUCCGCUGACUCUACAUCCAACAACAACAAAUCCCGCCUCCCCUCCCGCCUUCAAAACCUGCUCCGCCCUCCCUCCGCGCCAGCGACACAAAAUACUUUCCCAGCCUCUGCACGCAAUCCACCUCCUAUACCACCAACACCCAACAUCGCUCCGACCGACUCUCCAGAAAACCUACGCGUGCUUCUGCAUAACGAGUCGCAAAUACGAGCGUCUCUAGAGCAACAACUCAACCAUAAUCAGUCCGAGCUGGAGGAGCUGAGUAGCCAGCUGUUUACGGAAGCGAACGAGAUGGUAGCACAAGAGCGAAAGGCCAGAAAGAAGCUGGAGGAUCGAGUCGAGGUGUUGGAGAGGCGUGACAGGGAGAAGGCAGAGCGAUUGGAGGAGCUGAGGAAGCGGGUUGGUCGAGUGGAGAGGGUGAGAGGGUUACUCGGGGAGAAAUAG